ACUUUAGACGAUCAAUAUACUUUAAUCUGGCAACUCGAAAAAAGGCAAUAUACGUCAAGUUAAGCGAAAACACUAGAAAUAACCUAAAACUAAGGUGUGGGAAAGAGAUAGCUGAUAAGUUCGCAAAGAAAACUUCAGAUAAACGAUAUUUGUAGGCAGAUUUACGAUAUUUGAGUGCCUUGAUUAAUUUAAAAAAAACUUGGUACGAUAAGUUUUAUUUUUGAAGGUGUGAAAUUGUUUUUUAAAAAUGGAAGAAAACGCUACUGAAAUGUCCGUCACUGUUCAUAAAUAUGUAAUAGAAGAUAGAGUCGACUUAAAGGGCUGUACUACUAUAUUUUUGGGCAGAGCAAGUGACACUGGGGAUAUAGUAGCUAUCAAAGCUCGGGACCGUUCCACCAAGCACAAACAAAUGCAAACCGAAGCUGAAGUUUAUCAAAAAAUUCAAGGUGACGUUGGUAUACCAUGUAUGAAAUGGUUUGGAACGCAUGGUGAUGAGAGUGUUCUAGUGCUUGAAUAUAUAGGCUCGACACUAGAGCAAAUAUAUAACAUUUUUUCUCGCAGUUUUUCAUUAAAAACUAUUUUAAUGCUAGCAGAUCAAAUAUUAACACGAAUUACUUAUAUCCAUUCCCGUAACUUCCUGCAUUGCAAUAUUGCACCAGAUAACUUCGUUAUAGAUGCUGAUGAGCUGACCAGUAUUAUUUGCCUUAUUGAUUUCGGCCUAGCGAAAAAAUAUCGCGACGAGCAUACAUUUGAGCACAUACCUUGCACGAUAAAAGAGAACGAAGAGUUUGACAUUGGUACGGCGGAUUAUGCAUCCAUAAACACCCAUAUGGGUGUAGCACAAUCGCGACGUGACGACCUUGAGGCAGUUGGAUACAUGCUUGUCUAUCUUUGUUUAGGGUCUUUACCCUGGCAAGGCAUCAAGGCAUCCGACAAUCGUGAGAAGUGUAAACUUAUGGCGGAGAAAAAAUUCUCUACAACUACAAAAUCAUUAUGUCAGGGGCUUCCAAAUGAAUUUGUCACUUAUUUGGAUUACUGCCGCCAGCUGCGUUUUGAUGAAGUUCCUAAUUAUUUGUACUUACGUGCGCUAUUUCGUAGCUUAUUAAAUAAUAAUGGCUUCAUCAAUGAUAAUGAAUUUGAUUGGAAUUCACCAAGUGAUUGUUCAAAGAGUCAAGAUGAAGUCGAAAUGGAAGAUAUGGAAAUCAAAGUGCAACAUGAAGAAGACUCAACACAAUUGACUAGUGAUGAAGUAGAUUCGUCCGAUCAGACAAUGAUGGAUACUGAUGCAAUACCCGUAAAUGAAGAUAACGAUGCAGAAUCUGAUAGCUAUAACGAAUCGAUGACUGAAACAGAUUAAGUACCGCAGCCUAAAGACGAUCCAAUCGAAAUAUGUUUUUUAGUGUAUCUAAAGGCGAUUAUAUGAACAUUAUUUAAAAUACGAUUAACUCGUUCAUACUUUAUUUUUUCUUUUUUGCAUUAUAAUGGUUGUUUCUAAUGGUUAACUUUUUAUAUAUGUAUUUCCAUAUUUUUAUAUUAUAAUUACAUUGUUAACG